CUUAGCAAAUUUGUGCUGAUGGUAAUUCAUUGAGUAGAGCACUACACUCUCCCAUCUCUAAAUUAGCUUCCACAUUCUGUAACAAAAACAUUCAAUGCAGAGCUGGUACAUGUUAUUUUUUAUAUAGAUAAAGUCUGUACUAAGAAAUGUCUUCAGACAAGAAGCCUAAAAAGAAGAAAGCAGAGUCUACACCUAUAGAGACUAAUGGGACAGAAACUAAAUCUAAAAAAAGCAAGAAUAAAAAAAAUGGAGAUCUGUCAACAGAGAGCAGUCCUGCCACACAAAAAAAUGGUGAAAAAGUAAAGAUAAAGAAGACUGAAAAGGAAAAAGAAAAGGAAUCCCCACAGAAGGAAAAGGCGGAGCCAAAAAAGAAAGCUAAAAAUGAUUCAAAAAAGAAAAAGAAAAGUUCCUCUGAUGGUGAAGAGGAUAGCAAUGGUGAGGAAAAAAAGGCAAAACCCCAGAAGAAAACAAAAUCAAAGUCUUUGAAGGAUGGUCCUGAUGGAAAAGAAAAAAGCAAGGACAAGAAAUCUAAAUCUAAAGAGGAAAAAGAAGACAAAGACUAUAAGGAAAAGUCUAAGACGAAAAAAAAGGAGCCGGCAUCUAUGUUCCAGAUAAACGGAGACAAAUCUACCACUAAGAUUAAAAAGAAAGCUGCCAAAUCAGACAGUGAAGAGGAGAGUGAGCCAGAAAGCAAAAGCAAGAGAAAGAGCACAUCAAACCCAGGUUCUAUGUUCCUAGCUGGUGUAGAAAAGGAUGACGACAAGGACAAGGACAAGGACAAAAAGUCUAAAAAGUCCAAAAGUGCGACAAAAGCAGAAAAGAGUGAUGACUCUGAGUCUGAGGUGAAGCAGAAGAAGAAAAAGGGCAAAGGAAAAAAGAGUAAAAAGGAGGAACGAGUCCCUUCACCAGUCAUUGAGUUUGAUGACCUUGAGGAGUUUGUGCUUCAGCCUGCACAGCAAGGUGUUACAGUGAAAUGUAAAGUGACCCGGGACAAAAGAGGAAUGGACCGGGGCCUAUAUCCCACUUACUACCUUCAUCUAGACAAUGAAAAGAAGCAGGUCUUUUUGCUGGCGGGGAGAAAACGUAAAAAGAGCACAACAUCCAACUACUUGAUCUCGAUCGACCCCACUGAUCUGUCUAGGGGGGGUGAAAACUUCAUUGGGAAAUUAAGGUCCAAUCUGAUGGGCACUAAAUUCACAGUGUUUGAUAAUGCUCUUCAUCCUGACCGAGCACUUCCUGAUAUGUCAAAUGCAAGGCAGGAACUAGCAGCCAUCAUUUAUGAGACCAAUGUACUGGGAAUGAAGGGUCCAAGGAGGAUGACUGUCAUUAUUCCUGGCAUGGACAAGGAUGGAGUGCGAGUACCCAUACGACCACGCAGUGAAAAUGAUGGCCUUCUCAUUCGACACCAAAACAGGAACAUGGAGAAUCUGAUAGAGCUUCGCAACAAGACGCCUGUGUGGAAUGAGGAGACGUCGUCCCACGUGCUCAACUUUAACGGCAGAGUCACUCAAGCCUCUGUCAAAAACUUUCAGAUUGUUCACAGCAAAGACUUGGACUACAUAGUGAUGCAGUUUGGGAGAGUUGCAGAUGAUGCCUUCACCCUGGACUAUAACUAUCCUCUGUGUGCAGUGCAGGCUUUUGCUAUCGCCCUGUCUAGCUUUGAUGGCAAAAUUGCCUGUGAGUGACAGUUUCAACCAACAGAAGUGUACUCUUUACCACUCUUCUUCUAUACGUCUGUGAAAAGACUGGAAACCAUCAAACUGGCAGUGGUCUGCAACUAUUCUAACAUAAUAAAAAUUGCCUUGCGUUUUCCGGGUCUUUUCAAGAGAUUUUCACAGAAAUGCAAGUGCAGGGUUUUUGUCAGUAAAUUUGAAUGAUAUAUGGAGACAGAUCCGAGUGAUGUCAUUAAAUAUGUUUUUACUGGAUAUUUGUGAGAGUUGGAAGGUAUGAAAAGAGAAGAAAUCAGUCUUUGAAUACGUCAGAAAAACGUCAUUCUAGAGUUUGAUAUACAUUUCUAAAGUAUAACUUUGAAUAUUAAUCAUUAAUGGUGGGUUGUUUUGUUUGCCUUUUCAAGUCAUGAAAGUUAUACAAUUGCUUUUAAUCUUUAUCUUAAAAUAUUGUCAGUUUUGAUAUAAUAUGCAUUAUCUAUGUUUGUUUUCCUUUUUUUUUCUUUUUGUGAAGCAUUACAAAUGUAUGUGUUUUAUAAUUAUGAAUUAUGUUUAGGCAAGAGGGUUGAAAGAACAUUGUAGGAUCGAAAAAUUUUCAUAAAAGUGGAUGAGCCAAAGCAAUGAUACUGGCAAAAUUCUUGUUUUCUAAGUGGAAUUAUAUUCAUAGUCCAGUUUUGGUUUUUGGAACAAGCACAUGGGAUUAAAAUUCCUUUUCCUUUGGGAUUAAAAUUCCUUUAACUUUAGAUACAUACAGCAUUGUUAAUGUAUUAUCAGUGUUCUGUGUUGCACGUUGGUACUGGAGAAAUAACACUUUGAUUCAAUGUUUACAAGCUAUACAGAGUAAUUACAAUAAAAACCCACUUGA